UCUCCGUUGUACGUUCUCCAUUAUUGUCACAUAUAUUCGAGAUGGGUGUCAUAUUUCCCACAUUUUCCCAAGAUUUGAAUGCAGCACAGCACAUGCAUUGACGUCUACUUCCAAAAUUUUCGUCCUGAGUGAUCAGAGAGGGUGUAUGAGUAAUUCAUGUAGUCUAGGUACGCCCUGUGCCCAGAAAAGAAAAGUGCAUUUUCCAGUCUUAAGGAGUGUGCUGUGCGUCCUCGGGCUUUCGCAAGCCUAGACAUGCCCGACACUGCCUCCAAUGAGCCCGGUUCGAAGGUUUCGGAUCCACAACAUUCCCAGAGACUCCUGAGAGUCCUUCGCACCUUUUGGCAGGAGCAAAGUUUCCACGAUGCGCUGCUGGUGGUGGACGGAGAGGAGCUUCCUGUCCAGAAAAAUAUCCUGGCUGCUGCCAGCCCCUACAUCAGGACCAAGCUGAACUACAACCCUCCAAAGGAAGAUGGGUCUACUUACAGAAUCGAGCUGCAGGGAGUCUCUAUGGCCAUCAUGAAACAAAUCCUGGACUACAUCUUCAGCGGUGAAAUCACCCUGAGAGAAGAGACCAUCCAGGACAUGGUGCAGGCAUCCGACCUUCUCCUCAUGACCGACCUCAAGUCUCUGUGCUGCCAGUUCUUGGAGAGCUGCAUCACUGCAGAGAACUGCAUCGGUAUCCGCCUCUUCUCUCUGCACUAUUGCCUCUACCACGUGCACUACGUCGCCACUGAGUUCCUGCAGACGCACUUCCGCGACGUGGCGCUGACUGAGGAGUUCAGGGAGCUGCCACCGGACCGGCUCUGCGAGGUGCUGUCCAUGGAGAAGCUGAAUGUGGGCAACGAGAAGCAUGUGCUGGAGGCUGUGGUGCGGUGGUUCGCACAUGACCCGGAUGAUCGCAGGGUACGCAUGAAGGAAGUGAUGUCUGCUGUGUGGCUGCAGGGUUUGGAUCUGAGCUACCUGAGAGAGCAGGCCAUGGGGGAGCCUCUGAUGAGGGAGGUGAUCAGAGAGUACUGUCAGCCGGUGCUGACACAGGGUCAGCUGCAGGGGGAGGCUAUGCUCGCUGCCUUCAAACCCAGAGGGUAUUCUGAGUGUAUCGUCAUCGCUGGAGGUGAGGAUCGCAAAACCAGGAAGCCGACAGCUGCGACACGCUGCAUGUGUCCUCUGUAUGACGCCAACAGGCAGGCCUGGAUAGAGUUGGAGCCAAUGAGCGUCGCCCGCCUCGGCCACGGGUUGGUCGCUGCCGGGGGGUUUCUGUUCGUGAUGGGUGGAACAGAUGAACACAACACAGUCCUGGCCAGUGGAGAGAAAUAUGACCCCGACUCCAACACCUGGAGCCCGAUUCCCCCAAUGCUACAGGCUCGUCAGAACUUCGGCGUGGUGGAGCUGGAUGGUCUGAUCUAUGUUCUUGGUGGAGAGAGUGAAGAGCUGGGGCUGAUCACUGUCGAGGUGUUCGACCCCUAUUUCAAUACCUGGAAAAUGCAGACCAGUAUGACCAUGAUCCGCAAGGUCGGCUGCUACGCCUCCAUGAAUAAGAAGGUCUAUGCCAUUGGUGGGGGCUCCUACGGGAAGCUUUUUGACUCUGUUGAAUGCUUUGACCCCAAAACCCAGCAGUGGACGGGGCUGUGUCCUCUGAAAGAGCGAAGGUUUGGCUCGGUGGCGUGCGGCGUCGGUCAGGAGCUUUACGUGUUCGGUGGAGUCAGAAGCCAAGAGAACGACAACCCCGAGCAAAGACAAAUGACGACCUGCAAGUCUGAGUUCUACCAUGAUGAGAUGAGGAGGUGGAUGUUCCUGGAUGACCAGAACCUGUGCAUCCAGACCAGCUCCUCCUUCGUCUACGGCGCCGUGCCCAUUGGAGCCAGUAUCUACGUGGUGGGGGACCUGGACACAGGCACAAACUUUGACUACAUCCGGGAGUUCCGGCGCACCACCGGGACGUGGCAUCGCACCAAGCAGAUGUUACCCAGCGACCUUUCCAAAACGGCUUGUGCCAACUUGCGCAUCGCCAAUUGUCGACUGUUCCGCCUUCAGCUGAGUCAGGGCAUGUUCCGGAUCAGAAUCUGACCCGGGACAGCAGCCGGCAGCUCUGUCCCGGCUCCAUGUGUCUCCACUUUUGCACACUGGUACGCUCUAUCUGCUGUAGGUCUGAGUUUAUAUACAAACACUAAAGCGCUGUAGUUGCUACGCUUUGAGGAUCUCGACUCCACUCAUUGGUUUAUACUCACGACCCUUUUGAUGUAUAUUUAUUGUAUGACCAAAUGGGAUAGACUUUAAUCUGAACACAUUUUUAGCUUUAUGGGUUUUAUGACAUUUUUCUUAUCUAAAUCUAUUUUCUUUGAAGUGUGGGAUUCUUUUUUUACUACUUUCUUUUAAAGGACAUUCCUCAUUUUGAAUGUUUUCUGGUUCUCGGUUACUUGGUGAGGGAUUCAUUAUACACCAGUCACUACCCCUUUAUUACACUAGAAAUCACGCUGCACAGUUUUUGCAGAGGCAGCGAGGCCCGCUGUGGUGCCGCUUUAUUAAAGGAUCACUGUAGAUCAUUUCAAGGCUGCAAAUAUCCCAUUAUUAUCACCGUUAUGACGUUCCAGUUCAUGAUAACUUUGCACACAUCACCUUGUGGUAGAGAUACGAGGGAAGGAUGAGUCACACAUGAAAGCAAAGUAAAAAGUUGCAACAGGAAUCAGCUGCCUUUUUGGUAAAUGCAUUAGAGACUUGCCAGCUGACCCAGUCACAUGCAUGUUAAGCCUCACACGCUGGUUUGUUUUACGUGUGUGUGGAUGGAUAAUAUUCUGUUUGGCAUGUGCUGGUCACAGCAAAAACUGUAUGCAGAGUUCUCGGUGCUCAUGCUAAAGUUCAGUGAAGCCACAGGCUGGUUUCAGGCAGGUAGCUAAGCUGAUGCUAAUUGUUAAUCAAAACUCUUUUUAGAUUUGCUGUUACGGUGAUCCCACCAGCAAACACGCCUUCCUUUACCAUCAGCUUUUAAUGCAAGAUGCACAUGACACCACCUUGCUUCUUGUCUUUAGGUGAGGCCGAGGUGAACUAACCCCCAUGCUGCUGUGACAGAGUAAUGUAGAUAACUGACUGAUGAGAAGGUGUUUUAAAGCCAUUGUGGGGAGAGAAUAACUUUGGUUUUUACAGCCUAAAAACACAAUAUGGGCACUUCAGCAGCAUUUUUGUGUGAUUGGUGAUCCUCGUUGUUACGUGCCUAAACUGAACCCUAAUCAUCCCACAACAGUUUGACAGUUUAGAAGAAGGAAGUAAAAUGAUUUUGUACAGGAAGCUGUAGGAGCACAGUUCUGAAUCCACAACCAAAGAUUUCACAAAUGUCUCUUAAACUCCAGGAAACUCUCGAUGUUACCGGAAGCCCUCGCAGUACGGUUGUGUCCUUUAAAAACUAUCCCGUGCAGCGCACGAGUCUCGGACGGUGUAGAAAAGCCAUGUCGAGUCCUCCAAACUAUGCACGAACACGGGUGACUUGCUUUUGGUGACGGCACCUGAUUUCCAUAUAUUCACAGAAAUGUUCCCAGGUGCUGAUUUUAGUGUUUGCCUCUUGGAGCACAAACUCUUUAAUGGAUUAUCACUUUUUAUCUGAGCUGGUCCGAGCCCGGUCCAUUCUAAAAUAGAGCAUGUUACACUGGUGAUUUACUGGAUGUGCUGCAGCUUUGGUGACCUCUGACCUGGCUUUACAGUCAGGACAGUUUUGGCAUCUCUUGACCCCGUUUGUUCUGUGUGAGUUACAGCUGCUGCUGUCUGUCCUGCACUCAGCGGCUGCGCUUACAAAAUGUGCACUCGCUAAGCGGAGCUCGUGCCCCGUUUCAUGCAGCGCAGUGUGCGUUAGGGCCGAUCGCCCCGGGCCAAAACACAACCCUUUCAAUUUGAAGCGACGCGAGAAUGUCAAAUUUUAAAGACUUGUGCAAAAACUUGCAUUAGACUGCAGUUGGAAUCACCUCUGUAUUAUUUUGUAAGCUUAUUAUUUAUCAUAACAUAAAUAUUUAAACUUCAACACCAUAAAUUAAAUAAAAGGCAUCAGUUCAAGCGGUAAUGUGGUAUAAACUGAUAUGUUGCAGCUGGUCGCCUUUGUCGGCUGCACUGUUACUGGUUAGGUUGCUACACAAGCAUUUGUAGCUCACCUAACAAAAACACUCCUGUUUUUUUUUGUUUUUUUUUUGUUAUUUAUUCCAGUAUGCAAAAUAUCAUCUCAUUUUUGUUUUUGUUUGUCUUUUUAUUUACUAUUAUUACCAAGCAGCAACCUCCUGGGCUGGAAAAUGAAGCCAGUGGAUCAUUAUUACGAGCUGUGGUCUGAGGAGCUUGGAAGACUGAAGAAGCUUCUUGGAUCAGAGGUGAAACAGCUUCAGGAAAUUUAAAGAAGUCCAAGCUCCUCAGACUACCAUGACCUGGGUGACUGAGAACGUCAUAAAACUCACAUUAAAAUGAUUUAAACACAGCCCCAGAUGAACAACCGCACAGGGCACAUUACAUCGUGUCAUUAUUUAACUAAAUCUAAGCCACAAUGCAGAAGCAGUGUGUGAAAUCCUAAAGACACGCCGUGAUUCAGCAGCUUGUAGAACCACCUUUACGUCCCACCGCAGCACCUCCGUCCGGUUGAGGUCUGGACUUUGAGUGAAUCUCGUUUCUGUGGCUGUAAAACAAGACCAAAUCUUCACGCCUCCACCACCGUGCUGACAGCAGACACGAGGUGCAGUGUUUAGCUUCUCCAAACGUGUCGCUCUGUGUUGUGGACAGACGUCUCCGCUUUGCUCUCAUGAUUUGUUCCAGAAGUCUUGUUUUCUUCAGCUUUGCGAACCUAAGAUGUGCAGCAAUCUCGAAUGCUUCCACUUGUGAAUAAUCUUUCUCACUGUAGAAAGUUGGACAAAUUUCCAAGAGAGUCCUGCACAAAGGUUACAACAACUACAACACGUAAGAAGUAAAAAGCAAAUACAAUAUUCCACACUGACGAGUGAGCACAGGUGUGGAUGGUAUGCAACAGCAGAUCAUUAAGAGCUACAUUAAAAACAGUCACACUGACUAAAAGAGUUUUUCUCCUUUAAAAUGCACUUAAACUCCCCCAUGGCAACCAUUUCUGACAAUGUCAGCUCCUUCCGUAGAUUAUUCCAGAUUAAACGGGAAUAAUGCCUUUUUUCCCCACUGUGUCCUGAUUCUCAGGACAAUCCUUUGUAUGACGCUGUGAGAGCGAGCACUCUGUUGGUUGUGGCUUUUACACAUAUAAACACAGAUAAGAGGAAACCAGCCCAGGCUGACCUCACAAGCCUUGUCUGCUGAUGUCUUUCCUCCUUGGUAUUAUGUUAAGAGACGAGCAAACUGCCAAAGUUUGCACACUUGCUGAUGAUCAGUUAAUCGAGUGCAUCUGACUCUCAGCACCAGGCUGCUAAACCGCUUAGUUCCUAUGGAAGCAGUGAGGGUGCAUCUAGUGUUUCACACGCUGCUUCUGCCUCAGGGUUUAGUUUCUGUGAAAUAAACAAUGACUCAUUGUCUGAACGUCGUCUAUUGUAGUUUAUCUGAGUUGGAUUUACGAAAUUUUAGAACCCGAUAAGGAGCAAAUGACUUUUAUCUCCUGAUAUUUAAAACUUAAGAAGUGAUAGAGGGUGUGCUUUCUCGUUACCAUGACUGUAGCUAAUUGCAAAAUCGCUAAAAGAAAUUGCAGGAAAUGUGCAAACCUAAACACAGCUGGUGCAACAGGCUGUGAGGCACACAGACGAAUAUGAAGCAACAACUACAAUGAAACAGUUUGUGAUUUGUGCUGUAAAUGGAUUGUUGACAUCAGUGGGGUUAAAGAAAAAACACGGGUUUAUUUCGACCUGGAGUUUCACGUAAAUGGUCCUGUUGUGGCCGCGUGGGUCGUUAAAGUUUCUGCCUGUGUAGAUGUGAGGAAAGACGGAGCUGACAGAGGUUUUUAAACCGUCUGACUUUCAUCAUCUGACUCAUGUUUUUUUGUUGGUUUUUUAUUCACUAUCUGAAAUUCAUAAAAUGGCCAUAAUUGGACAGAAAGCUCUGAUAUGACAGCCCGGCUGAAUAUGAAAGGAAUUCCUGGUCUGCUUCCUUAUUCUUGUCGUGUAACAUUCCAGUGUGUCUUAACAUUUACAGUAAAUCAUAUGGUUUCCAAGCUGCUCCGUGUACUAAACGGCACUCGCUAUCACGUGUUUGCACCUCGUGACUGUCUUUGUUGUGAUGUGCUGGAAAACAUUAUAAGGGAAAAUAAUGGCGGUCUAACCUGAAAAUAACCCAGCUUCAACCAAAGCUGUGUUGUGAAAGAAAGAGGGAGUCUUGUUUCAGUUUGUACUUUUGUAACUGGUGCAUGAGGAAGUUUUGUAAGAUGUUUCCCAUGAGUGUCAUUCAUUUACGUCAGAGGAAUUAAAACAGUCGGUGGUCAA